GCCACACCGGCGAUCCCGGUAGGGGCAGGCGGGGUUGGGGCCGGUUGUCCAGGAGGUUCUGGAGACUCGAGGCGGGGCCGGCGAGGAAGGUACCAGCGAAGGGCCGCUUCGUGCCCCCGCCUGUGCACGCGUCGUGACCGCCGGCCGAUGGCCCCGCCCCCCGAGCCUCGGUUUCUCUGAGUGUAGCGUGGGCGGCCUGUGGGGCUGUCGGGCCGCGGCCGGAGCCACGUGCUCUCCCGCCCCCGCGGCAGCCGCCGACGCGACUCCCCGGUCGUUCACCGCCUUUGACUGUGCGGGAGACUGAGGCCCGCAGCCGGCUGCAGGAGGCUGCGGGCAGGCAUCGGCGGUGCCCAGGCUGCCCACCAUCUCUGCCCUCCCAACUGCAGGUUCUGUUGGCGGCGGCGGAGGAGGUGCUGACAGACCGGGCGCCGGGGCCGAUGGCCUUCGAGGAUGUGGCCGUGUACUUCUCUCAGGAGGAGUGGGGGCUCCUGGACACAGCGCAGAGGGCCCUGUACCGCCAUGUGAUGCUGGAAAACUUCGCACUUGUGGCCUCACUGGGGCUCUCCACCUCCCGACCUCGUGUGGUCGUCCAACUUGAGCGUGGCGAGGAGCCCUGGAUUCCCAGUGGGAUGAACUCGACGCUGGCCAGGAACACCCACAGGAGGCACAACCCUGGCUCCUGGUGUUUGGCAGACGACAGAGAUGUUUCUGGAGAAGCAGCAUCGCCUGAGGCCUUACCGGAUAGCCCCCCUGCAAUGCCUACUAGGGUCGUACCUGUUGUUGGCGCCUGCCACAGUGCAAAAGGCCUGGAGGGACAAUGGGGUGCGUCCCCAUCACAGGAGCGAAAACCCACGGGGGUGUCGAUGAUCUACUGGGAGAGGCUCUUGCUCGGCUCGGGCACCGGCCAGGCCAGCGUUAGCCUGCGACUGACGUCCCCGUUGAGGCCUCUCGAGGGCGGCGGGUCCAUGGAAAACACGCGCACAGGCCGCCCUCAGCCAGGGAUGCAGCCCACGGUGCCCAAGCGGCAGAAGCCAUACGCGGGCAACGCCCCUGGGAGAGCCUUCCGCAGCGUCCCUGACGUGGGGUCUGUUAGCACUAGGCAGGAACACGGAAUGAGCGUGGCUUGGCACAAGCCUCAGAGACUCCCCAGCGACCGGGAGCCCAGAACCUGGGAGGAACUGGGCGAGGCUCUCCACGCUGGCCCUGGCCUCCCGGGAGAGAAGGCCUUCGAAUGCAGGGCGUGCAGCAAAGUGUUCGUGAAGAGCUCAGACCUCCUCAAGCACCUGCGCACCCACACCGGGGAGCGGCCCUACGAGUGCGCCCAGUGCGGCAAGGCCUUCAGCCAGACGUCGCACCUGACGCAGCACCAGCGCAUCCACAGUGGCGAGACGCCCUACGCGUGCACGGCGUGCGGGAAGGCCUUCCGGCACAGCUCCUCGCUAGUGCGGCACCAGCGCAUCCACACGGCCGAGAAGUCCUUCCGCUGCGGCGAGUGUGGCAAGGCUUUCAGCCACGGCUCCAACCUCAGCCAGCACCGCAAGAUCCACGCGGGCGGGCGGCCCUAUGCCUGUGGGCAGUGCGGCCGCCGCUUCUGCCGCAACUCGCACCUGAUCCAGCACGAGCGCACGCACACGGGGGAGAAGCCGUAUGCCUGCGCGCUGUGCGGAGCUGCCUUCAGCCAGGGCUCCUCGCUCUUUAAGCACCAGCGUGUGCACACUGGAGAGAAGCCCUUCUCCUGCGCGCAGUGUGGCCGGGCCUUCAGCCACAGCUCCAACCUCACACAGCACCAGCUGCUGCACACUGGCGAGCGGCCCUUCCGCUGCGCAGACUGCGGCAAGGCCUUCGCUAAGGGCGCUGUGCUGCUGAGCCACCGGCGCAUCCACACUGGUGAGAAGCCUUUUGUGUGUGCACAGUGUGGCCGCGCCUUCCGGGAGCGCCCGGCCCUCUUCCACCACCAGAGGAUCCACACUGGGGAGAAGCCUGUGCGUCGGCCUAGGGCCAGUCUUCAUCCCCGGGUGAAGCCUCCAUCGGGGUCAUCAUCAGAAGGUUCCCUGAGGAGGGAAGCAGAGCCCACUCCUUCCGCCUCUGGCCCAGCUGUAGUCUUGAAACCAGCUGAGGCCUGAAGUCACAGCGUUACCCUUCCGUGGCCUUUUGUGAGUCCCUUCCACAGCUAAAGGGCCCAUGUCGUCUGCAAAUCGACAGCGGGGGUGGGGGGUACGGUGGGGUGGGGAAGCUCUGUGCAUUUGAAUG